AUGGCUACCAAAUUGGCCACCUGCCGUCCGAUUCUCUGCCAGCUUACGGGCUUCACUCCCCGGGUCUCAUACCGGGCCAACUCAGGCUUUGGGGGAGUUACCUUGAACCCAGCGACAGACGCCAGACUCCGCGGUAUUAGACGGAGACAGCUCCAGAACCAACAGUUUGAGGCAGAGAGAGCCCGGGAACAGCGAGCUAUCGACCUACAGAAGCAGCAGACCAGGAACUGGCAACCCGGCGAUGUGUACUCUCCGCGCGACCUGAGCCCGGCGGAAAUGAAGAAAUGGAAGAAACGGCGCAACCCUACGACCGAUAUUUUCGACGCUCUAUCGCUGAACCCUCUGGACAUGUACAAGAAUCCUGCCGUCAUGUCCGAAUACGUUAGUGAGACGGGCCGAAUCAAGUCAGCGAGAGAGACCGGCCUGCGACGAAUCAACCAGAGGAAGCUAUCCAAGGCUAUCAGGAGGGCAGUCAGCAUGGGACUUAUGCCUAGCGUCCACAGACAUCCAGAGAUUCUAAUGCUUGAAAGGAAGCUCUAA